CAUCCAGAAUGGGUUCAGUGUGAGGCGUUUCGAACUCCGGGAAACAAAUUGGUUGGCCAUUUCCAUAUUGACUUUUUGGUUCUGCUCAUCGCUCCUCUGUUUACGGUUGUGGACAACAAUCCUAGAAUAUGAUGGUGCUUUGCCACUGAAAAUGUAAGGAGGAUGAGAACCCUCCAGACGGGAUAAGAACAUUUGAGACCGUCAGAUUUACAAGAGGUUGAAAAGGGGCUUAUAUUUGUUAGAUAGCUACCAAAUUUGCCAACAUUGGUUUCAAUUGACGCUUUUGCUAGCUAGUACGUGGCUAUUUAGCUAGCCAACGAACGUCGUAGCUAGCUACCAGCUAGUGACUGACCAGUGAUAUCUGAGUAUAGUUAGCUAGCUCGCUACUCGAAUCUGUGAGCCAGUUCCAGCUUUCCAUCUAACCCGCUAGCUAUAUCGGUUCCUUCAAACUUUUUUUUGUGUCAGCCAACGUUCGGUAACGACGUUAGCAUAUCAGUCUGGCCCUGCGAGCUAACCUAGCUAGUGAAGUGUAGCUAUCAGAUUUUCCAGACUAGACAAGACAGCGUUAGCUGGCAUAUGUUAUUUAAUAGCUAUUGAAUAGUGCCAUGAUUGCACUUCUUUAGCAAACAAGACAUAACGUGACAUUAAGCUCGAGGCACCUGCAUGACAGGUAUCUCCGGGAUCCAAAGAGGAGCUGAACUGUCUUAAUUUCCCACCGUGAGGCAUUGAAAUCAAAAUAACCAGCCCCAUGACCACACAUUGGGUGUGAACGAGGGGUCAACAUCAGGACAAAUGUCUCUCCUGCUGAUCGUCAUACUAGCACUUCUCCUGUUCCUGCUCCUAUCUGUUCUACUCUUCAGAUGGUUAAUAUGCAGCCUGGCGGUACGGUUCUUCCACAACACACUGAAUGCUGAGCUGAAGAUCAAAUCAGUAGGGCUCUUUUCAGUGCAUGGAAUAAGUAUCCAGUUUCAGCCCCAGCACACUCUGGAAAUAGACAGGAUAUGGAUUUCAAGCAAACUUUUAAACCAGAACCUGCCGAGGUGCCUGGCUUUGUGUGUGGGCGAGUCCAGAGUGAGAGUGGACUUGCAGCAGCCUCUAAGACCUCGGGCGCCUAAGAGCCGUGAUGGAGGAGAGUCAGGGAAGGUUCCCCUUAGCCCUGCAGCCCUGCGGUUCCUCUCCCAGCUGCUGUCUUUCCAUAUUGACUCCAUCAAUGUGAUGGUGCUAAACCUAGCCCUGUCAGAGUCUUUAUGGUACAUGACCACCUCAAGUAUCGACUUACUGCUCGACCACCAGGGCAAAAGGUUGGCCUGGGACUUUUCUGUUGGACAGCUAAGCAGUAAAGUGCUUAAAAGCAGUCGAUUGCAGGAUACAUGUCUGGCAGAGGUGUCCCUGAGCCUGGUGCUGUCUGGGGAUGUCAGCCUGCCAGAGCUGCGUCCAGGCCGACUGGCCCUGUGUGUGAGAACACUGCUUGCUGAGCUGCACGAGGGCCUGUUCCUCAGCCAGCUGCUGCUUCCACCUCCUCCUCUGGAGAGCACUCUCUCUGCAGACGAAUGUGAAAAGGACGAGUAUAUCCAGACUGAAGCAGUGGAGCAGUUUCAUCAGCUGGUGCCCCAGAAGGUCAACAUGGAGUUUGAGAAUACUAGUAUAACCCUGUCCAUGCACAGCCAGAAAAGACACUUGAACUGGACCCUAAAGUCUCUGAAGGUGGGAUACGGACGUGAGGACGAGCAGCUGCCCCUCAGGAGCUUCACCCCUGAGAUGAGCUUCCCUCAGAGCAGCCUGGAGCUACUUCUGGAGGAUGGGCUUCUCCUCUCCCAGAGCAGACAGAGAAUCCUUUGCCUUAACACCCUCAGGACUGUCCUGCAGGUGACAUCAGUGGACAUUUCAGGGUCAGUCACAGUCAACACCUGCAUCAUCCACUACCGUCACCAGGAGUUCUCCCAUUGGCUAGACCUGUUUCCAUGGAAACAGCUUAUUCAUAGGAAAGAAGCUCAUAGAAAGAGUCCAGUGGAGUAUUUGCAUACCCUCCCGUCCUACAGGAACUUCCCCCAUCUGGACGCCCCAGUGAUGAUCAGCUCCUCUGUGUCCAAUGUCAACGUUUCUGUCCAGCUGGGAGACACUCCUCCCUUUGCCCUGGGCUUCAUCUCAGUCAGCUCAGAGAUGCAGCACCUCCUGGACAUCAGCACAAACGCAGAGAGCCUCAAGUUCCAGAAUGUUCACCGCCGCCUCGCUCUGUCCCUGGACCACUUCUGGUGGAGGGUAGGCCAGGGGUCCCACAUCCAGCAGGCCCCCCACCCCCCUGGCAAACAUGUGUGGGGGGAAGCCCUCAUCCUGGACUCCCUUACACUGCAGGUAACGCAGGCAUACAACAAGGGGAGCUUCAACAAGCCCCAGAGUGAGUCCAGUAGUCAUUCUGAGAGUGUGAGUGUGGAGUCCAAUCUGAAGGGCCUACAGCUGGAGGUGUCCGAGACCUGUGCCUUGUGCCUGUCCCGCCUAUUGGCCCUCUGUAACCUUGCCAAUGGCAGGAAGCUGGAGGCCUCAGAGCAGCCAGAUGUGGUGCCUGUUCCUGCCCUUGUUGAUGGGACAACCUCCCCCAGUCAGGGCGCCUUUUAUUUUAAGAUUGAGUGUAACCUGGAGGAUGUCAAUGUGUUCACACUCUCUAAUGUAGCAGGAGCUGUGUCUUUGCGGGUGGACAAAGUGAAGGCCCAAGGCUCGGCGGAAAGCUCCACAUUGUCUGUCCAGGGUGUACGUCUAUGUGUAGUGAAGGCUCUCACAGAGACCAUGGAGCCCUGCUGUCCCUCAGCCCAAACCCCCAACCCUGUCCUCAGCCUCUCCACCCUGGCCAUCUGCUACCACGUCGCCACCGGGAACGUGGAGGUCCAGUGUGAAGAGGAGCUGGCAGUGCAGUGGACGCCAUCAGACCACAUGUUUUUAUAUCACCACGUGACAGAGAGCCAGGGUUGCUGGGAUACUCUGUGUGAUUCUCUAGGCCUGACAGAGAGAAGAAAUGACGAGAGUUUAGCAGAUCCUCCAGAGAGUGGAUCUACUAAGACUUCUCCAGCCCACAGUACGGUCAAGGACCUGUCUGUGCGUGUAGAACUGGGCAGAACCCGCUUCACAGCCCAGGUGACAGAGCACAACUACCUCCUGCUGCACACAGACGCCCUGUCCCUCUCCACUCACUCCGGCUCCAUGAACGUCCGCUCUCCACACAUGUUUCUCAACUUCGACGGCAACGACAUAUUCUCCUUCAAGGGCCUGGAGGUCCAGACGCACCCUGAUCAGGCCCUGGACCAACGCCACCUCUUUCCCUUCCUCUCCACCCGACACAACCGUGCCUGGGUGGUCACCUGCCCCUGCCUGGCUGUGGAGUUCCCCUACCAGUACAACUUCUCCAACACCUUUGACAAGUUCAUCAGCGUUCAGAAGUGGCUCAAGUCCUUGCACAGCAGCCCUGGUCAGACCCCAGGCCCCCAGCGCCUGCCCCCAGACCUGGUCUUCAAGAUCAGCCAGUUCUCUUUCGUCUUCCUGGAUGACGUUUUUGAGAUCAAGCUGAGGGACAACUACGAGCUGAUGAAGGAUGAGAGCAAGGAGAGCUCCAAGAGGCUCCAGCUGCUGGACAAGAAGGUGGCUGACCUACGGAAGCAGCACGGAGAACUGCUGCCUGCCAGGAAGAUAGAAGAGCUGUAUACGUCGCUAGAGCGCAAACACAUAGAGAUCUACAUCCAGCGCUCCCGUCGCCUCUACUCCAACACGCCCAUGAGGAAGUCUCUGCUGACCUGGACGGUGUCCGACUUGGAGCUGGUGUCCCUGGCCGACCAGUCCUUCCAUGGGCCGGAGCGCGUCCGCGAGCAUCUGAGGGACAUCGACGGAGUCAGCCCCUUCCCCAGAGACGGGCUCCCCCUAGUGGUCCAGUGGUGCCGGGCAGUCACGUUCAACCUCACUGCCUUCCUAGUGAGAAUCCGGGACUAUCCUCGUUACUUGUUUGAGAUCCGGGACUGGGAGCUGUCAGGCCGCUUGAUCGGGACAGAGCAGGACGGGCAGGGCCGGGCUCGCCGAAGGCAGACUGUGCCACUUGGCCAGCCAUGGGGCGACAUAACCGUCCACAGGAACAUGCCACCACUCAAGUUCUACUGCGAUUUUAAAUCCAAUAUAUCCUUGUACACUAUAGUGUGGGGGCCUUGCUGGGACCCAGCUUGGACCCUGAUUGGCCAGGUGGUUGAUCUGCUGACCAAACCCACGGUUGACCCCUCCCCUCCUCUGGCCUGGUGGGACAAGAGUCGUCUGCUGGUACAUGGACGCUGGAUCAUGGACAUAGAACAGGCCAACCUCCAUCAGCUGGCCACGGAGGACCCCUAUAACACUACAGAGAACAUGCACUGGGAAUGGAACAAAGUCAACUACGAGUGGACUCCUGGGCAGUUUGUCUUCAAAGGUGACAUGGAUGUCAACGUCAGGACAGCCUCCAAGUAUGAUGACAUCUGUUUCCUGCACCUGCCAAAUCUGUGCAUGACCCUUGACCUCCAGUGGCUUUGUCAUGGCAACCCCCAUGACCAUCACGCUGUAAUGCUCUGCUGUGCAGAGAAUGUAGCUGAUGUGACAUCAGGACAACCUCACGACUCCUUCAGAGCCUUCCGCUCAGAGAACCUCAACCUCUCCAUCACCAUGGACCUCAACCAACACUGUGGCACCGAGCCGUGCCAGCCCAGAAUCCUCCUGUACAGCAGUACCCUGCGCUGGAUGCAGAACUUCUGGGCCACCUGGACCAGCGUUUCCAGACCCAUCUGCAGAGGCAAGAUCUUCCACAGCCUCAGACCCAUCCGAAAGAAGCUGGGCCAGCACUACAAACAGAUGUCCUAUACAGCAGCCUUUCCUCAACUACAAGUGCAUUACUGGGCCUCCUUUGCUCAGCAGAGGGGCAUCCAGGUGGAAUGCAGCAAAGGCCACGUCUUCACCAGAGGGGCUCAGAGACUCAUCCCACAGGCGGGCACGGUGAUGAGGAGGCUGAUCUCUGAGUGGAACGUGACCCAGAUGGUGUCAGAGCUGUCCCUGAUGACGGUGCACCUCAUGGCCUCCACCUGGGACGAGACGGCUGACCACCAGAUCAACGCCCAGGUGAAGAAGACCCACCUGCUCGGCCUGUCCUCCCUCAGUUACCAGCGCCAGAGCAACCGUAUGGAGGAGGAGGGGAACCCAAAAGAUGAGGCGAAUGCCCCCUACACCCACAAGCUGUGCCUGGUUGACCUGCGAGCCUCCUGGACCACCACUAACAGGAACAUAGCGUUCGGUCUGUACGACGGCUACAAGAAGGCAGCCGUUCUCAAGAGGAACCUCUCCACAGAGGCUCUGAAGGGCCUGAGGAUAGACACUACACUGCAAGCUGCCAAGAAGCUCAAGCGCUCUUUGUCCAACUACUCCGGCGGCCCCAGCACGGCCCCCUCCACCCCAACCAUGCCCAGCACCAGCCGCCCUGAGAAGAGCCAGCACGAAGGGACGUCCAUGCUGCAGAAGCUGAUUGAGGAGACUGAUAAGUUUGUGGUGUUCUCAGAGGAGGACUCUGGUGUCAGUGAUCAACUGUGUGGUAUCGCUGCCUGCCAGACAGACGACGUCUACAAUCGCAACUGGUUCAUCGAGCUGGUCAACUGUCAGAUGAUGCUGCGUGGCACAGAGACAGCUGGCUGCGUGCUGGUGUCUGCUGCCAAGGCUCAGCUGCUGCAGUGUGAGCACCACCCGGCCUGGUACAGCGACACCCUCAAGCAGAAGACCACCUGGACCUGUCUGCUUGACGGCAUGCAGUACUUUGCCACCAUGGAGCCCAACCCCUCAGAGCAGGAGGACUGGCAGUUGUGGCUUGAGGUGAAAAACAUUGAGGAGCACAGGCAGCGUCACCUGGACUCAGUGCUGGAGCUGAUGGAGAGUGGCCAGGCUGUUGGAGGCAUGGUCAGCACCACAACAGACUGGAACCAGCCGGCCCAGGUGAAUGACACUCAGCAGGUCCAGCGUAUCAUCUCUCGUUGCAGCUGUCGCAUGUAUUACAUCGGCUACAGCCACGACAUCGACCCUGAGCUGGCCACGCAGAUCAAACCUCCAGAGAUACGGCGCAACGAGAAGGAAGACCUGCUGAAAAAACAAGCUGGGGCUGUGGACACCUUCACCCUCAUUCACCAUGACCUGGAGAUCUCCACCAACCCUGUGCAGUAUGCUAUGAUCCUGGACAUCGUCAACAACCUACUGCUGCACGUUGAGCCCAAACGCAAGGAGCACAGUGAGAAGAAGCAGCGCGUGCGUUUCCAGCUGGAGAUCUCUAGUAACCCAGAGGAGCAGCGCAGCAGCAUUCUACACCUGCAGGAGGCCGUAAGGCAGCACGUGGCCCAGAUCAGACGCCUGGAGAAACAGAUCUACUCCAAUAUCAGGGCCCAGCCUGAGGAUCUGAGAGGAGAUGAGCUGUCAGAGAUCAACGUGAGGCUUCAGAACCAGCUCAAUCAGGAGAAGACUGACAUGCAGAUGAAGAGUGAGGAGCUCAACAUCCUCAUCAGAUGUUUUAAAGACUUCCAGCUGCAGAGGACCAAUAAGCUGGAGCUGCGUAAGCCGCCGGAGGACGUGAGUGUGGUUCGCAGGACAGAGAUCUGCUUUGCCCAGGCCCGCUGGUGUCUCACUGAGGAGGAUGGACAGCUGGGCAUCGCUGAGCUGGAGCUGCAGAGGUUCAUGUACAGCAAGCUGAACAAGUCAGAUGACACAGCAGAGCAUCUCCUGGAACUGGGCUGGUUCACCAUGAACAACCUGCUCCCCAACGCUGCAUACAAGCAUGUGAGGGUGGUGUUGCGUCCUCAGAGCCCGUGUCAGUCUGGCCGUCAGUUUGCCCUGCGCAUCUUCAGUAAGGUCCGCCCCCCAGUGGGAGGCAUCUCAGUCAAGGAGCACUUUGAGGUGAACGUGGUUCCUCUCACCAUCCAGCUCAUGUACCAGUUCUUCAAAAGGAUGAUGGGAUUCUUCUUCCCAGGAAGGAAUGUGGAGGAGGAGGAAGUUGCUGAUGAGGAGGACAAGUCCCGAAUGGUCACUACUGGCAUGCCUGUCAUCAAGCCUCGGCAGCUCUCGGAAGACACCAUGGGGGUCAUGGGCCCCAGCAAAGGGGUCACCCAGGGCUUGAACCGUACCUCUGGGGUCAGGAGGUCCUUCCGAAAAGCUGUUGAGCAUCCUGUAGAUGACAUCGACAAGAUGAAGGAGAGAGCAGCCAUGAAUAACUCCUUCAUCUACAUCAAGAUCCCCCAGGUUCCCCUGUGUGUCAGCUAUAAGGGAGAGAAAAGCAGUGUUGACUGGAAGGAUCUGAACCUGGUUCUACCUUGUCUGGAGUACCACAACAACACGUGGACCUGGCUGGACUUUGCCAUGGCUGUUAAGAGGGACAGCAGGAAAGCACUGGUAGCACAGAUGAUAAAGGAGAAGCUGCGUCUGAAGCCGGCGUCGGGCUCUGACUCUCGGAGCAAGGCGUUUGAGGGGAAGUCAGACAGUAGCAUGCAGCAGCAGCAGGAGGAGGAUGAGAAGGCCCGACUCCUCAUCGGUCUCAGCAGCUCAGACAAGAGUUCCAGCAAGAAGAGCAUCUUCAGCCGACGCAAGUGACCCAUAGGCCCACAUACACUCCCACUGAACCAGUACUGUACUGGACCACUGCGCUCUAGUCUAUGGAAGUGUCCCAAAUGGCACCCUAUACCCCACAUAGUGAACUACAUUCAAACAGGGCCCUAUGGUUCCUGGUCAGAAGUAGUGUAGUGUACUGUAUAGAGAAUAGGGUGCCAUUUGGGAUGCAGUCUAUGGUAGCUACAGUAGCACACGCCCAGGGAAUCAUGGAGAGGUCAAUGUCUUUACUAGCGUAUUAUCUGAUGACACUUGACCUGGUUGAAUACUGUAUGCUCUGGUGUGAAGAUAGAGGUAGCAGGUCAUUAUGGGGAACAGAGACUGAUAAUAUAACACACCCUGUUCUUUCUUACCUGGAGGGGGACAAACUACGGCCUGCGAGCCAAGUCCGGCACGCCAGCCAAUUAAAUAUGGCCCACGAUGGCUGAAAUUAUUAUUUUAGGAUAAACUACUCCAGUCCAUAUUUGAACAUACAAAACUAUAUAGAAAGUAUGUAAUAAUUAUCUCUCAACUGCUGUCCAAUGAAGCAUGCAUUUUCAUGUAUGACCAGGGCCCAUAUUCAAUGUGUCUGAGUAGGGGUGCUGAUCUAGGAUCAAAUCCCCUCCUGUCCAUAUAAUUGUAUUUGUUAUGAUCUAAAAGUAACAACUGAUCCUAGAUCAGCACUCUUUUUCUAAGAGGUGUUAUGGAUACAUACGGGGCCCACUUCUCUGCUAAAAACAUGCCAGGGUCUUAUUGACCAAAUGUAUCUUUUGUUUUCUUGUUUUUGUUUUUUGUGCCAUACAUUAAACAUUUAAUUUUCAUUCAAUGCAUCACACAUGGUCCUGAACUUUCAGAAUCAGCAGCCUAUACUUGUUGCAUUAAUAGCAUGACUGGGUGAUGGGUAUUUUAUUUUAGUUUCACUGUCUGCUCAUUUCCCCUGUAAAUCAAUUAGAACAUUUCAUAGUUUAUAUGUGACUGUCUCAAAUUGCACCCUCUUCCCUAUAUAGUUCACUACUUUAGAGGAUAGGAUGCUGAAGUAGUGCACUUUAUAUUGGAUAGGAUGCCAUUUAAGAUGCAGCUAAUGUGAUUUGUUGAGAGCAUUGUUACCUGCUGGUUCAGGAAUACUGUAUCCUCAAGCAAAUGUAAAUCAGGUAGAUUGUAAAACAUUUUAAUCUCAAAUGAAAGCACCUUGACAACCAUAGAAAUGCUGUCUGUUGCAACAGUUAGAAAUGCCUGAUUCACUAGUACAGGGGGAGAUAUAUUCUAGCCUUGUACUUUUAUUAUAUUGUUGGAAUUUUACUCAAGUCUGUAUCAUACUGUCACACUGACUGGGAAGUGCUUCCCUGUAAAAGAUCACAAAUAUAUAAUUUGGUACCCUGCAUGAGACUUCUCCAACAACAUAUAUGCCACAGCAGACGUACGUUUUAUACCGCAGUUCCUAAACAUAUCUGUGCGGAAAUAUGUUCUUGUUUUCUAUUUUAUGGCAGUUGUUCUGUCAGCUUUGAUAGUCUCUGCAAAAAUAAUUUUGUUGCAGCUUGUCUUGAUAAUGUUUUGAAAUUUUAACACUACAGCACUUUUUAAGCAAAGUAUUUUCAGAUAUUUUUGUAACCAUGGUUAUUUCUUUUCAAUCACAACUGUACCUACACCUACUGAGUUUGUUAUUCAGUUACAGCUUCCUUAAAGUGCAAGAUGUCAAAUAUUUCUGUCAAAAUAUUUCAAGAAAAAUGGAUUAUACCUCAAUGUAAUGAGCACCAUAUAUGUAACUAUAAAUGUUUGUCAAUAAAAUAGUUGUUCUAAUGUC